AUGGUAAGGCUGACGAUAGCGUACCACAGGAUAAACAGAACAGGGUUGUUGAACGAUUGGAGUGUGUCCACCAAGGAUGCUGGUCUCACCAACGAUAAUUAUUUCUUGGUGGGAUCCGAAGAAGGCACAUUGUACUCUGGCUGUCGACAUGGCAGCAAAACUGGUAUACUCGAGUCCUACGAAGGCCACCACGGACCAGUUACGGGUCUGGAUCCACAUCCAGGUUCAAGUCUGUUUUCCAGUGCACCGGAUUUAUCCCACCUCUUCCUCACCUCCUCCUUUGACUGGACUGUCAAACUAUGGAGUGCGAGGGACAAGAAACCGGUCUACAGCUUUGAAUGCGGCUCUGACUACGUGUAUGACGUGUCAUGGAGCCCGGUGCACCCGGCUGUGUUCGCCACUGUGGACGGAACCGGUCGGUUGGAUAUGUGGAACCUGAACUUUGACACAGAGGUUCCAGCAGCUAGUGUUUAUGUGGAUGGUGGAUCAGCUGCGUUGAAUUGCGUGAGCUUGACGCAGAGUGGUCAGCAUGUCAUUGUGGGUGACAUGGCUGGCAAGCUCUGGGUCUAUGAUCUUGGAGACCAACUGGCUGUACCCCGUGGUGAUGAAUGGACCCGCAUGGCGAUGACUAUUCAAGAGCUGAAGAACAGUCGCAGUGACGAUGACUUCGUGCCGCCAACGUCCUCUGGCGGGGUUCCGAUACCCGGAUCCACGCAGGGCUCUAGUUCAAUGUCCAUGUCACCCUUCGGCGUGUCUCCUGGGUCUUCAACUUCCGGGGGAACCUCGCCGCAUCAAUCCAUGCUUUCCAUGUCAGCCAGAUCCGGGCCUUCCUCCAUGGGAUCUCCCAUGUCGAUGCGCUGAGGACCAAGAGUUCCGAGUUCCUGCCAACCCUGUAUAAUCUAAUCAAUUUUGAAACGAAAAAGAUGUGGUGUAUCUCGUUGCCUUGUUAUUGAAAGAGAAUAAUGCAGUAAUUAUUUAAAUACGAA